CCGACGACAAUUGCAAGGGCAGUGAUCCAUCCAUUCAUCUGGCUCGGCUAACCGGAAUCAGCCGUGUCACCGGGCUCACAGGAGUGACCGGGCUGCUCUCACCAGAACCUGUGACACCGGGCUGAUGCCAUUGGUCCGGGCUGACGCGACGCAGUCGCUUCCGUCUCGACUCCCACCCUGGACGAACAAAAUACAAGCAUGAUUAAGAAAGCACUCCUCAGCUCCGUUGUUGUACCUCCGGUGAAAGUGUAACGGCCCCAUUUCCAAUCUCCCAGCCACUCUGAGGAAAGAGCGAUGGGAACCGUAGGAGGAGACGGUUGAGACACACAUGUGUGUUGAUUUACCGGAAAGACAAAACCCCAGAACAAGGUACGACACAGCGUAGAAGCCGAUGAAAUCGUAGCGCCGGAUGUAAGGCGGAUGGCAGAAUGUCCCAGCGAUCAGAGCGCCCACUGCAGCAGGCCGAGACACACAACACACUAGUACACAACAGCAGCAAUCGAUCGCACGUACCGAUGUACACAUAUCCAUCAACAAAGAGAUGUCGCCGCUGCUCCCAGGAGCUGCGCAACGUCUCGAUGAUGGAGCGAAGCAUCGCGUGCUCGUCUUGUGAAAGGCACUUAGGGCAGUCGAUCGACUCAUUAACAAAUCUGCACACCUCAACCAUCCACCCAAACAUUCGUGUCUCCCGUCCACCAUCGUAUAAGCAAGCCGACCUGUCAGUGAUUCGACCGUAAGCCUGCACAAAGCCUUCUGUCCCACAACUGGCGAUGACUUUAUUGCAAGCUUCCUCGAAUUUUACACACAAAAGGUCCCACUUCCGGGUCACUUCCGCAAAGCAAUAAACCACAUGGUCGCGCUUCAACAGCAGCACUUGCUGUGUGUCGCCCAGGUCAUCCUGAGAUGACAUAUAUGAGCAUCUUCUCACUCCCCCUUGUAGGGUAGGCCCGCUGUUCAGUGUUCGUUUCUUCUUUGAUGCGGCCGACCAGAUUGAGAACGAAAUUGAAGGCCAAACUAUUAAGAAUCACAUCUUGGGGGUUCAGCUCGAGCCACAAGAUCAAAGGCAAAACGAUGCAUAGCAGAACCCAUGUAAGCGUCCAGUUUGUCCGAAUGCCUGCAUGCACACGUGCAAGCAAAAGAUGUACGCAGCAAAGCAAACUUGCAUGGCUCACCUUUCUUGAAUAUGCGCCACCUAAUGUUCUUCGCCUCUUUUGCCUUCUCCGUCUUCUCUUUGCGCAGAGGGGCUCUAACGAAUUGAAUGCUGUUGGUUGGCGAGUACUCGGUUUGCCCAGGAUAGAGCCAGCGAUUGAGUGGAUCCAGGAACUGCCCGCAGAUCUCCCAGUAGUAAACCUGCCGCAUCAUACUCUGUGCCAAAGGGAAACCGCAGUUGAGUCGGUAGCCUUUGUUGUUGGUUGGUUUAUGGUGUCUCUUCCUGUGAAGUUGUAUACCAUUAUGGCGUUGUUGAAGUUGCUGAGGAAUAAGAGCACCGACAGUAGUCGCGCGAAGACUAUCAGAGGUAUGUGCGCUUUGACGGUGUAUGAGAAUGGAAGAGUCAAGGGGACGCCUUCCUCAGUCUUCUCCCAAAGGUCAUCAAAAAGCGCAGCUGCCGACCGAUGUCACAGAUAUGAACACACAACAACCGCCAUGCCGACGGAUAGAUAGAUGAGUCGCCGUUCUUGCCUACUUACUGAAGAACAAGAUGAUCGGCGCAGUCCAUUGGACGAGGCUGAUGAUCCAGUCGAGGAUCCAGUAAUGAAAGGGGUGCUCUCUGAAGACACGUCUCAGAGAGACAGGGCGCUGCGAGGCGUGCGACAGACGGCGGCCCUGAGCAAGGGCCAUGGCACCGAUGGGAGGCGCAAGUGCCACUGCACACACACACAGGUGCGACAACGCCUAACAACAUAUAUGCAUCAGCUCUUACAGCAGCAGUUCGUUUCAUGAGAGACCGACAGACUCUGCCUGCCGUUGCGCUAUGAGUUAACGUAUGUCAUCAUCAGCUCUUACAGUAUGUGUAGAUGUCCUGGUGAGAUAACAAGGCGUCCCGGACGUACCCCAGCUCAUGCAGGUACCGCCCCUUCUCGUCGGCGACCGAUGAGGGCUCCUCGUCCGUUUCGUCCUGCUCAUCAUGAUCAUUUGGCGGCUGCACAGUGACGUGACGGAUCCCUGGCUGCAUAGUGACAUCGUUGGUGCUUUGUUGGUCCCCUUCCAAUGCUUCUGGUGCAUCUGCCGUGCCCUGCAACACGAGAAAUGAGCUCGAGGUUCAGCGCCGAGCGGGAGGGAGAAGAACGUCGCCUUACCGGAAGGAUGUGGUCAUUCGCGUAUUCAUCAGGGGGGUUCAUCGUCGUUUGCAUCCCUUGCAAGCAACCCUUAGAUGUCUGGAUCUCGAGCGAGAC